AUGUCUCAAAAGAUUUGGCUGCGUGCUGAGACCAAGCCCGCUGAGGCUCGGUCUGCUUUGACUCCGACCACCUGCAAGGCAUUGAUGGAUGCUGGAUACGACGUGACUGUUGAGCGCUCCACUCAGCGCAUUUUUGAUGACGAGGAAUUCGCCAAGAUCGGUGCUCCCCUUGUUGAGGAAGGCUCAUGGGUGAAGGAUGCUCCCAAGGAUGCCGUUAUCCUGGGUCUCAAGGAGCUGCCCGAGGAGGACUUCCCCUUGGAGCACGUUCACGUCACUUUCGCCCACUGCUACAAGCAACAAGGUGGCUGGGAGAACGUCCUGAGCCGCUGGCACCGGGGCAAUGGUCUCUUGCUUGACCUGGAGUUCCUCACCGAUGAGGUUGGCCGCCGUGUUGCUGCCUUUGGCUUCUCGGCUGGUUACGCUGGUUCUGCUUUGGCCGUGAAGAACUGGGCCUGGCAGUUGGCUCACCCUAACGGUGCUCCUCUGCCCGGUGAGGUUCCUUACGCCAACCAGGACCUCCUCAUUGCGUCCGUGAAGGAGAGCGUCGAGGCUGGUAAGAAGAUUGCUGGCAAAUACCCUACCAUCCUCGUCAUUGGUGCUCUUGGUCGUUGCGGUAAGGGUGCCGUGCAGUUGGCCAAGGAUGUCGGUAUCCCCGAGUCCAACAUCAUUCAGUGGGAUAUGGCCGAGACCAAGAAGGGCGGUCCCUUCGAGGAGAUCGUUACCAGUGAUAUCUUCAUCAACUGCAUUUACCUCAGCGCUAAGAUUCCUCCCUUCGUGGACGUUGAGGCUCUUUCCACUCCCAAGCGCGCCCUGUCCGUCAUCUGUGAUGUUAGCGCCGAUACCACUAACCCCUUCAACCCCGUGCCCGUUUACACCAUUACCACCACAUUCGACAAGCCUACUGUCCCUGUGAUCCUGCCUGGCGACAGUGAGCCCCCUCUCAGCGUGAUCAGCAUUGAUCACCUUCCUUCUCUUCUCCCCCGCGAGAGCUCUGAGCAGUUCAGUGAGGCUCUCAUGCCCAGCCUUCUGCAGCUGAAGGACCGCACCACAUCUCGUGUGUGGAAGCAGGCAGAGGAGCUGUUCCAGGAGAAGGUUGCUAGUCUGCCUGAGUCGUUCCGCUCUUAA